AUGAAUCAUGGUAUUGAUCCUGGAUUUUAUGUAGCAUGUGUUCAAGAGACUAGGUGGAAGGGGCAAAAAGCAAAAGGUAUAAAGGGAUAUAAGUUGUGGUAUGCAAGUUCGGACGACAGACGUAACAGGGUUGGCAUCCUAGUGUCUAAUGAUAUCCUAAAACAAUUGGUUGAAUUAACAAGGUGUAAUGACAGGAUUAUGCUAGUUAGGAUAGUAGUAGGGGAAGAGAUCAUAUCCAUUGUCAGUGCGUAUGGGCCCCAAGUUGGGCUCGAUGAGCAGGUGAAGUGUGACUUCUGGGAUAACCUAGGAGACCUCAUGAGAACUAUUCCGGAAGAUGACAAGUUUUCUUAG